CAAUCAAGCUGGGAUGCACGUCGCUUUCCUGACGCGACACUUUUAUCCGAUUGGUCCAGCCAUGAUUCGGGGGCGGGUGCUCCCGCGGCUUUGGUGAAAUCCCAUUGGAUGUGAGACACGUUGGUCGACGUGACGCUACUUGGAAUUCCCGAAGUUCCCAAGUUCAGAGGAGAGGAGCUGUGCUCGUGCUAAACAAAACAAAAGCAAAGCCCUUUGAAGUGGAAAACGCCGAGCGACUCAAGUGUGAGCACGCGGGGAUUUUUAAAGCUCAAUCUGUCCCGUGUGCUGUGCCAAGUUAAGCCUGACGGGGGCGAUGUCUGACAGCAGCAACAGCACAGGCAGCACAGGCUCCUCCACCAACAGCUGGACCCUCCUCUCCCCGGAGGAAGCUGCCAUUGAGAAUGUCGGGCCCGUGGAUGAUGGCACAGAGAGCCUGGGGGAUGUCCCCAGUCUCUCAGAGGAGGUGGCAGGAGCUGCUGUGGAGUUCAAACCCGUUGGUAUCCCCAUAGAAACUGUACUAUCUGAAGAAGGCCACCAGGUGUGUCAAGAGACCUCUCCAGAGUCCAGUGAGGGUCCUGUCCCUUCUAGUCCAUCCCGUAUGAGCCCUCUCCCACCCAGCCUUCUUGACCCACCAGAUCCGUAUUUGGAGAGUCAGCCUCCAGUUAUCCAUGACAUUGUAACCAGUUCUCCCAGUGACAAUGAGCACCUAGGUGCCAUGCCAUUUGUCACCAACAUUGACAUGGGGGCUCCACUGGAUAUUCCAACUGUUGAAGUCCCCCCAUUCGAGUCCGAGGAGUCCUGCUCUGCACCUCUGAUUAUUGAGAUCCCCAUCUCUGCGGAGCAUGAGCUCCAGAAGCCUGUUGAUGUUGGACUGAUUCCUGCGAGUCCUCCUGGGGAGAGUCAAGUCUUCAGUGCUGGACCCGAGGUUAACAUCCCCACCGAGACCCUUACAGCCACGGAUCCCCUGUCUCAUGUUGAAGCUGAUAUCAGCUUUGUUCCAGACAGCACAGAGUCACAAAGCCCAGUCCCCGAGAGCCUGGUGACAGAACAUCCUACUGAUGAAAGUCCUGCACCAGAGACUGUUGGUUCAGCUGAGGCAGAUGAGGAGGCGGCUGUUAAAAAUGAGCCUGCAAAGCCAUCGGAGCCAGUGAGACAAGAUGAGAGAGACGAUGAAGAAGAGCCUUCCAUUAGGUAUGACUCGGGUGACGCUGGCAGCUUUGAUGAUGGGCUGCGGCGGAGAAAUGUGCCCACCUUUGAGGCACAGAGACCAAGAACAUCAGACGAGGAGGAUGAGGAAGAGGAAGUAGAAUUCAAGCUGGCUGAGAAGAAGGAGGAAAAGCCAUGGUUCUCCUUGAACAAAUGCAUUGUGGGUGCUCUGGUCUUGCUAUUUCUAGGUUCCCUCUUUCUCUCAGGCUUCCACAGUGACCUGGAUAAUGGUGACUUUGAUGCCUCCGAUCUGAGUGACGCAGAACAAAGCCAGGACGGGCUUAGCAGUGAUCCACAGGAUAUGAAAGAGCUAUUGGAUAAACUGACACAGGAAAACCAACAAAUCAUUCAGCUAGAGGCACAACUUCAGUCUAAGAAAGAAGAACUUGACUCAGCACUGAAGGCGUUAGCAGCAAGUGGCGAUAAAAAGGGUGAAGCAGAUCUGGAAAAAGAAAAUGCAAAGCUGAAGGAGGAGCUGUCAUCUCUGCCAGAGCUGAAGAAAGAGCUCGAGACUCUCAGAGCCAGAGUGACUGAACUCAGCCAGCUCGCAGCUGAUCAGGAAAUACUUCCAGCUGCAUCUAGUUCGGCCCCACAGCCUGAAGACAAAGAUGGUCAAAGUAACCAGAAAACACCUGGACCAGAGAGGGGGAGGGACGCAAAGCAGGGAGGAAGGCUGAAGGAAGAACUCCAUCGGCAGAAGGUUCUUUUGGAGGAGAGCAAGAAAAGGCUGGACGCAAUGAAAAAAGAUGGAGGCAAGAGAAAACAGGUCAGGGAUCACUUGGAGGAGAUCCAAAGGAAACUCUCCAAAGAAGUUGAGAUGUGGGGGAAGAAGAAGCCCCAGGAGUCCAAAUGGAAAGGGAACAAAGGCAAACACAGUGAGCGGGACCACUACAAGAAAGAGGAGAGGGGAGGAGAGAAAGGGUGGAAGCACAACAACGAGGGAGAAUGGAGGGAUAAAGAAGAGAAGAAGCAGAGAAAGGUGGAAAAAGAGUGGAAAGAUAAGGAGGGCGAAUGGAGGCACAAAGACGAGAGGGGGGGACGAGGAAAAAAAGAGUGGAAAGACAAGAAGGAGGAAGACUGGAGGCAUAAAGAUGAGAGGGAGCAAAGAGGAGAAAAACAGUGGAAAGACAGCAAAGAGGAAGGAUGGAGAGACAAAGAGGAGAAGAAUGAGAAAGACUGGAAGCCUCAAAAGCAAAACUCUCAUAAAGAGGCUUGGAGGAAACACCAGGACGAGUGGGAGAGCAAGAAGGGUGAGAGGAGAAUGGACAGAGAGGAGAGGAGGAAGGAGAAACCGUGGCACAGCCGGUCUGCUAAAAACCACCAGCACCAACAUCACCAUCAGCAGCCCCGCCAUCCUCAUCAGCACCACAACAACGAUUUCUGGAGAGACCAGGAGCAAAAGCUCCAACGCAAUGUCCGUCCCCAGCUGGGCUGUACUUCCGUGGAGGACUGUGCCAGCAAGGAGGGGCUCUAUCCAGUGGAGCUGUCAGAGUUUGAGGAACUUCUGGAGGGCUACCUGAGCAAGCUUGAAAGGUCAUCAUCAGAGAGCAAGGAUAGGUUCAGGAGGCUGACCGCAGACUACUUUGAGGACGGCGUGUUCAUCCACGACAGGAUUCGUUUCAGCGACUUUGCUGAGGACGUGGCAGACAUUUUGGAAGACAUGGUGGAUGUUUUAGAGGGCGACGGGAAGAAGGACGACGACUCCCUGGAGGAGGAGAUGGAGGAGUUUGAGCGAGAAGCCCUGUGGAAGUUUGCUGCCACGGCUUAAAAAAACGGCUGCAGAGAGGAAACCAGUGGUGGUUUUAUAGGACAUUUCUUGCCUUCGGAGCUGUAAUAGUAGUAGCUUCUGGCACAGAGUGGUUGUGCCUCUCAUAAACAUGUCUCUCUGAGUCUGUAAUUAUAAGCUAGACUUGUAUUUGUCAUCUUGGACUUAGUCGUUGUUACCUACCUCUGUCGAGUCAUGCCUCCUAAAGCAAAGUCCUUCAGUAAUGUGUCGUGUGAAUUUCCUCUGCUGUUUAGUGAUUUACACACGUGUAGUGCAUGUUACAGUUCAUUAUAAUGUCAGUUUAAAUUGAUCACACAGAUCACAAAAGAUGGUAUUUGCAAAUAACCAUCAGCACAAUUUAUAUACCGUUAUAUAAGUUGUGAAUAGAAAAAAAGGGGGGGGGGUUAUUUAUGUCAUUUUAUCUUGUAUGGGAGCCUGACUAAUCUCUACUCCAAGCAGGUUAAAAAAAUACUAGAAUGUUUUUGCAGAUAGCAUUUAUCCCUGCUCGGGUGUGACUGUCCAAUCCCAGAGGAUGAGAUCGCGGUCCUUUCAGUGAUAACAAUCAGAUCAGGUCGGACCAGUUUUCUGUCAGCAGCGCUUUAUUUGGCCAAACACACACAGAGGACUGCCUGAGAGGGCCUGAUUUCUAGAUUUGAAGAACUUUUCCAUCCUCUUGGCCGACGGCAGACGUGUGGAACAACCAGGAACCAGUUUGUGCUGCUCAAGAAAAAAAAAAAGCAAUAGCCAUAGUUAAGUUGAACAUUGCUAAAUCACUUUAGCACUUUUCUCAAACAUAUGAGAACCGUCUUUUUUUAAAUUUUCUUUUUCCAAUUAGAUUUAUUUUAAAUAGGCAUUUUUUUUUGGGGGGGGGGGUUAGGACAGGUUUUUUUUUGUUUGUUUGUUUGUUUGUUUGGUAGUGUAUCCAUGGAGACUGCUAACACCGCUACUCUUACUCAGUAUCCCACAAUCUGAGCCAUAUGGAAAAGAUAUAUAUAAAUCUUAUAAAGUUUGUAUCUGUCUUGUGUGAAACUUGUAUGAAAAGCAUA